GGGAUGAAUCCAGUUAAGCUGCCCAGUAAGCGGCGAACAGCUACCGUCCUCGGCGCCAGGCAGCCAUCUUGCAUGGAGGAGGCACCGCUGCAGCAGCAGCAAGCGCCACGGAGCCACCGGGAGCCCAGGUUAAAAGCAGGAGCAGCAGCUCCAUCCUGCAGCUCCACUGAUGGGAGGAACGGCAUCCCGCCCUCAUCCAAGGCUUUGGGGAAUGACAAGGAGCGUGGCAAUAAGGCCAAGGUGAAGUCAAACAAGCACAAACUCAGCAAGGCGGUGGGACCCAUGGGUUCCUCCAGCAGAACAGGACCUCCUCCCAGCACUGAGGACAGAGGAGCAGGACUGGAGCGCCUUCUGACUGUCAUGGAUUCAGGCCUGAGCGACGGCCUGGGGCGUCUAACCGACGAACAGCUGCAGCAGAUCCUCUUCGCCAUCCAGAGAUCCAGCUACGCCCGGCGGGGUCCAGAGGAGCAGGAGGCACCAGGUGCUGUUAGCCACAGUAACCUGAAGUCCACUGAAUGCAAACCUCAACAUGUUACAAACUGUGAAACUGACACAAACUGCUCGUCUGCUGCGAUGGAAGGAGAACUGAAGGAGAAAGAGGAAGAUGUGAAGAAAGAGGAGGACAGAUGUGGCAGGUCACCUGAGUUUGAAAGGCUUCACUCAGACAACAGAACCACCGUUAACUCAAAGAAGAAAGCUCCAUGGAAACCAGAAACUGAUGAGCAGGUUUCCCUGAAGCAGCAGCAGCGUUCAGCCCUCAGCAGACUGCAGGGCAAAGAGCGCGCAGAGACGGCGUCGUCGUCCAUCAGCCACAGAGAGCAGCCUGCAGCCAUCAGGUCCAGCCUACGGCUCGGGGAGGUCACUCCCAUGGAGGAGGAGCUGAGCGCCGCACGGAAAGAGGAGCAGAGGAGACGGUGGCUGGAGGAGCUGGACCGUCAGAGGGAAGAGGCGGCUGAACGCAGGAAACGAGAGAAGCUGCUGAGGAGACAGACAGAGGACCACGAGCGCUGGACUGCACACUUUGACUCGCUCCAACGCAGGGCUCUGAUCCAGCCUGCGGCUCCAUCGGCGCCGCCGGCCGUUCGGCUCAGCGGCUCCGAGCGGGAAGACUGGGAUCCCUCCUCCAGUCUGUCUCUGGUCUGGGAGGCCACCAGCAGCUGCGGAGCGGAGAGCGUCAUCGGAGCCAGCGUGGAUUCCACCAGAGGAUGUCCUACCAGGUCCAGCUACCUGAGGACCAUGACGUCUCUCCUGGAUCCUGCACAGAUAGAGGAGAGGGAGAGGAGGAGGCUGAAACAGCUGGAGCAGCAGAGGGCCAUCGAGGCCCAGAUGGAGGAACGCAAAAAGCAGCGGGAGCAGGAGGAGGCCAGAAGGAGACGGCAGGAAGAGGAGGAGGAGAAGAGGGUUACCCUGGAGAGGGAGAAGCUGCAGAAGCAGUAUGAGCUGGAGAUGCUGAAGAAGAAGGAGAAGGACAAACCGCCGCUGACAGAAGAGCACCAGCAUCCUCUUCCUCAGCCGUUUGUUCAGCCUCACAGGUCUGACUGUCUCCCUCAGACUGACGGCAUCCCUCACAGCAAGGAGCCAGAGGAGAACCUCGCUGGCGGCAGACCGGAGGAGACGGGAUCUGAAUCCACAGCAGCUGCCAGGGAGUCUGAACGAUUGGAGAGCGGCAGCAGAUCGUUGUCUGCGUAUAAAGACACUUACGUUCAGACAGAAGACGCUCCUCCUCUCCCUCCCUUAUCUGACCAAGGUCUGACCUCCGUGGUCUCCAGGCAGAACCUCCCUCCUCCCUCUGGUUCUGCUGAGCCUCCUAACAGCUGGAGCCAUGGGGUGAGAGGAGGUAAGGAGAACCUCUGCCUGCCUGCAGGAGGAGACCUUUAUGAGCCGUUCGCCAGGAUGGAGAGGAACCGCAAGACCAAGAGGAGACCAGAAUGGAACACGCAGAGGCCUAGCCGGCGGUUCGUUCCCGCCUCGGAGCGGUACCCGGUGGCUCUGCAGAAGAACAGGCAGGAGAGCCGACUGAGGCGGCAGGCAGAGCUCCUCGCUCUACAGGAGAGAACCCGCCUGUGCAGAACCGAACCUCCUGCUCAGAGCCAGGAGGCCGGUCCCUGCGGACCCGUUAAGAAGAUUCCAGCUGGUCUUAAUGGACCCGGCCAGAACCAGACGGCCAGCGGCGCCGAGCGUCGCUUUCCUGACCACCAUCAUGGAGCAGCUCUAACCGGACCCCUCUCAGAACCAGAGACCUUAUUGAGGGUUUCCUCCAGAGGGCGCUCUCCUCCUCCAGCUCAGGACUUUCUUCCUUACCUUCGGACCGAUGAGGUCCUCAGCCUGGACCCCCUUGAGCCCACCGACAUGCUGCCACCCCCAGGUUCUGGUGUUUCCGUCCCAACCCGUUCGGACCCGCUCCCCCACACCCAGCGGCAGCAGCAGAUCCUCAGAGGCCUGGCUCGGCUUCGGCAGGGUUUGUUACAGAAGCAGAGGGAGCUGGAGACGGAUCUGGUCCCUCAGAGGAACCGGCGGGUCAACGAGCGGCGCCUUCCCUCUACAGCUCACCGCACAUGAUGGCGUCCGCGGCACGUGGCUGUAGGCGCCGUGUUCCUGACAGACGGCGUCAACAAGGACCUUAACCUGGGCUCCUGUUUCCUGUCAAAUGAUCUAAAGUUGCUGGUUUAGUUCCACCAACCAGAACCAGCGGAUCAGGAAUACUUCAAGGCCAAAAGACAUUCUGGAACAUUCUGGAUUUAUCACCUCAACCGACCAAUCAGGACGCUGCCUUUCAGGUUCAAUCAUUUCUGAACACACGCUAAGCCCCUCCCCUUACACUGGUUCCAGUUUUAUUUACCUGUUUCCUGCUGAACUACGAGCUCUGAGCCCCUGAAGGCAUCAUGCUGAUUCUAUUUUUAUAAGUUUAAUAAAUGACUGAAGGAAAUAAAAAUGUUUCUUAAAGCUGAACUCUAGAUGAGCUUUUCUGAUGUGAUCGACCUCAGAACCCAUGAAGCAGGUCGGCUGAGAGUUCAGUGAUUGUAGGUGUGAAUGAAAUCUAAGCUAAACUUCUA